AUGUCACCUCAACCAGACAUGAUCAGCUUCCAUGGGUGGACCAGGUUGAAUGAAACCUCCUUCCUUCUAAAAGUGCAGGAAAGCAGCGGCUUUCAAAAGCUAAUUGGAAGCUACAGCAAAUCGUUUGGUGUGCCUCUGGAUGACAACAACCUUCAAGGCUUUGCUGAGGAGAUGUGCAGGUGCUGCUUGAGAGAAGCAGAUGAUGUGAUGUUCGAUGAUGGCCCGCUGGCAGCAGCUCUGCAAGAGGUCCAGCACUACAAACAGAAGCUGAAUGAGUGCAACCUAGCAGCGGUCAAGCAGAUUGCGGCAAUGAGAGAUGGAUGCCACUUGAGUGAAUCCCUCAAAGAAGACACUGUGAACUUCCAUGAGCCAUUAACCUUCAUGGAUGAGGAGCAGCAGAGGCUUGUCAUCGCUGUGGUUUGCGACAAGAUCCGACAACUUCAAAACGGGACUGCACCACCAUCCCUUGUGGAAGCUUUGACGCGAUAUGCAGAAACCAUUGUGAAGCAGGAAGAGGCUGCAGGUUUGGAUGAGAUCCUGGAAAUUCAGUCUGGUCUCCAAAAGGUUCGCAUUCAGAAGAAGGCUGUCCAAGUGAGGCUUGAGUAUGCUGAGUCGGAAAGUUCAAAGCUUCGCAAAGAACCCCAUCCGCAGGAGGUGAGAAGCACCUUGGCUGAUACAACCAAAGCCUUUGAGGAACUGAAAGAGCAGGAACCCACCUGGCAAGAAAGUUUGGAGGAGCUUCGGGACUUGACCGAACAUCAAAAGGCUGAGCUAGACCAGCACCGUGAGCACAUUGAAAAUUUGAUGUCCGCAGUGGAGCGGCGUGAGAAGAUCAUCCAAGAGCACGCAGAAGAGACACAUCAGCUCCAAGAAGAGCUUACCACUGAGCGUAGCUCCAGAGAGGCAUUGCAAGCAGAGCUUGCAGAGGUGCAGAAGGUGUCCGCGCAGCGACAUGGUCAGCUGGAGGAUCUACGUUGUGUAAUGCGAGGAAUUGAAAUUGAGCUGAGCUCUUGUGAAGAGAAAUGUCAUCAGCAGCAGAUGGACCAAGAACGCCUUCAAGAGGAGCUGAAACAGAUGGAGGAUGAACACUUUUGUGAGCGGCAGCGCCUGCAGGAAGAUCUGGAACGUCUUUUUGAGCAGCAUGCUUCUUUGACACAAGAGGCAAAUGAAAUGAGGGAGGAGCUUGACAGAAGGAACAACACAGAAACCCAAGAGACUCAAACUGAGACAGGUGGACCAGUAUUGCAGGAACUGCUGGGAGACGGCAACCGGCUUCGAGUCAUGAUUGAGGAGUUGCAGAUGAAGUUUCGAGAUGUUUUGGAAAGGUACCGACAGAAGUUUGGCAGUAAAGCAAAGGAGCUGGCUGCAGAGACUGGCAUGGAUGAACUUCUGAGAUCUUUGGCUGAACAAGCCGAGCUUAUGAGAGAGGAGACUGCCUUUCAGCGUCUAUAUGAUGACGGCCUUCUCCGUGUUCAGCGUUUGGAGAAGUUGCGGGAGAAAGUGCGCAAAGAACGGAGCAGGCUUGGCUUUAUGGACAAAGCUGAGGCGUCUGUUCUAGCUUCAGUGGAGCAAAGUGACCUGAAAGGUGCAAGGCAGAUCUUGGCGGGAACAGAGAACAAAGAGAGCAAGGUCAGUGAGAAGGGCAAUGGCCACAACCGCGCAGGGCAUUCGUCUCCUCCAAGAGGUCCACCUGAGGCCCUGGGCCGAAUGAACUCUUCAGUCUCGUUGCCUUCGCUGCGCCGAACGACACCAUCAAACCUCAAUGUGAUGAGUCUGAACUUAGAUUCGUCUCACAGAGGCUACAGGAGGCAUUCCAAGUCGUGA